GGGGAGACAAGACCAUGGAUUUUCUCAAGAUGCUCGCCAAACGAAAGCCUCGCCCCACAUCCAUUCCCAUGGAGGAGGACACAGCUUUCCGAGAGAGCAUCGUCAACCACUGGAGCCAGCUCCUGUCCGUCGAGCUGAUGAAGCACAACGCGUUUCAAGUGGCGAGUCGUGCGCAGCGCGCGGCGGCCGCCAGAGGGCCACGGAGGGCCAGCGCGUUUCCGGAGGACUUCGUCAGCCGCGGGCCAUACAGGCCCCACACCAGUCCUGCUGCGGGGCUGUAA